AUGUUGACCUAUGAGAAAAGAUGUGCCAAGGAGUGCAUCGAAGAUUUCUCAUGUUUUGGCUACGAAUGGAAUAGCGAAGAGCGUGUGUGCUACCUCAAAUCACGCUCCACAUCUGGAAAACUCGUUGCCAAACCGAACACCAUGGUUGGAUUCUGUCAAGAUGAUGAAGAUGAAGUACGAUAUCGCCUUCAAGAUCAUGUAAUAGUAGGGCCGAUUGUGUCGGAAGCUAAAAAUGUGCCAGAUCAAGAUGAAUGUAAAGACACUUGUCUGACAGUUGGAUCAUUGUACUACAGUUGGAGGCCGAAUGCUGAAAAUCAGAGAAGCAACGUUGUGCCAAUAGCAGAGGAAGAGGAGGAAGAAGAACAAGCAGUUCUAGGUCACUGUGAAUGCAUAAGCACAAUGAACGAGCUCCGAUUAGAAUACGAUGCGUUCUCCGGAUUCAUUCCAGUAUCAAAGCACAAGCAUCGCAGAAGUCUGUUCCUCCGACCAUUCGAAAUAUGA